AUGGAGAUGGUUGAGUCAUGCUGUUUGUUGGCAGUGAGGCCAGGCCGCGCGGCCGUUGUGCGUUUGACCAGGAGAUCCUCCGCUCUCCGUUUCGUGCAGAUCCUCGUCUCCUGGUCCUCGUGUCGUUUGGCCACCGGACGAGAAGCUCAUCUCUGCCUGCGCAGCGAAUCGCGGCGACGAAGUGGAAGGAUUGCUCCGGAAGCCGCUCCUGACUUUGGGACAGGCGGCUGGACAGCGCUACGCACGGCAGCAUGGGCUGGUCAUUUGAAAUGCAUGUCUUUGCUGCUGGAAGCCUUUGCCAAUCCGGACGAAGAAGACCACUUUGGCUCAACAGUGCUGUACUUGGCAGCUGAGCGCGGUCACACAAAAGCUGUGAGCUUGCUUCUGGCAGCUGGAGCUGACAAAGAUAAGGCUGCAAACGAUGGGACCACAGCGUUUUGUUCCAGGCCCCUGGUCAAAAGACCAAGGCAGCUCUGA